CAUAAUUGCAUGCUGAAAGUGUGGAGACUGUUCGAGCUUGUUAAACUCAUAAUUAAUGCAUUAUGCAUGUUAAUUAGGUAUUAACUAUAGGGCUGAGACAUAAUUAUCUCCUUGAUUUUAUCAAAGAGAGGCGUAAGUGUGAGAGCUUCAACAAAACUGUUAAACUCAUUAAUUAAUGCAUUAUGAUGUUAACAAGAGUUCACAUUAGGAACUGUUAUUAGUGAUUCUGAGUAGUGAGAAAAUUAUUCUUGACUCUCCUUGAUUUUGCCCCCGAAAAUAGGUUUGGUCCCCAGACUCAUUAGUCAUAGUAAAAUCGUAACAAAUUUGUACUCGCGGAUAAUGGAAAGUGCUACAAAUAGUGACACCCUGUUAUGCGCAUGCGCACUAACCCAUCAAUUGCAGUACAAAGAGUUCAUAAGGAGCCCCAUGCACAGCACAACUGCAGAAGAAGAACUAGUUACUCGCUCAAAAUAUGAGGUCCUCCAGUCUCAAAUCCAAGAGAUGUACAUGUUGCCUUGGCUGCAUGAUUGGCAGCUGCCCUCUUAUAGCAGUGCUGCUGGUGGGAGUCUCAGUGUCUCUGCUCCUCCUCUUUCCUAUGGUUCUCAGGCAGCAAGUGGAAGAGAGAGUAGUUAUUCAAGAAGGGAGUGCAACAUUUCAACAGUUGCUGAGCCCCAGCGUUCCUGUCUUCAAGGACAUCUUCUUCUUCAAUCUGAGCAACCCUGUUGAGUUUGAACAAGGAGCAAAGCCUCAGCUGGUGGAGAUUGGUCCGUACAGUUACAGGGAAACAAGAGAGAAGACACUGCUCAGUAUUUCCCAAGAUGGCUCGCUGCUUACAUACAACCAGACACGGCUGUUCCACUUCAAUCAAGAGACAACUGGCGAGGGACUGUCGGAGAGAGAUACCAUCUGCACCGUCAACAUACCGUUAGUGGCUGCAGUAGCACAGUUGGAACAAGAAGAUCAAGGAGCUUUGAUCAGCGCCAUUGGCCCGAGAAUUAUCAAUAACAUAUUUGACGACACCAACGCUCGUUUGUUCACCUGCCUACCUCCUACUCAAUUGGCAUUCGAAUACACUGACGAACUCUUACAAGAACUUAGCUCAAACUUUGCCCUGAGUAUAGCCGGUCAAAACAUACCCACUCCUUUUGUCUCCAUCAACGGCAAUAAUACGGCAGGCAACUCUCUUCCUAGUGUCGUGCAAACGGGAGUUGGUGAUCUUGAGGCUAUAGGUCAGUACGUUCAAUGGCAAGGUAACAAUGGCAGGCUGGAUGUAUGGCCAAACGAAAUGGGGGCCAACGAUAUCAACGGAACUGAAGGGCUGGUGUUUGGACCGUUUCUGGAGCCAGGAGAUGAUUUGGAGAUAUUUUUGGACGAUGCUGUACGUUCGGUUCAGUUGGUCUACACUGAGACUGUUGAUGACGAUGGAAUUGAAGCGUACCGAUAUCGAAUAAUAAACUCAACGUUUGAGAGUGCGUUCACGAACCCUGCAAAUGCUCGCUGGGGGUCCUGGUGUCCUGACGGUAUGUUCUUCCUCGGACCAACUCAGGAACCUGUAGUUCCAAUUUUUGGCAGCAAACCUCACUUCCUGGACGGAGAUCCUAUGCUUAGGGAGAAGGUGGACGGACUCCAGCCAAACAGAGAAGAACACGACUCAUUCAUUGAUGUGGAACCACUCACGGGGGCCAAUGUCAUGCUCAACGUGCAGCUGCAGAUUAACGUACAAGUCAACCAGACUGAUAACUUUGAGCAACUAGAGAAUAUCGAUGGAACUCUCUACCUCCCAGUGCUGUACAUUAGCCAGAGAACAGUGCUCACUCAGCAGUUUGUGGACUUCCUUCUCGACAAUGGAUUGAGUGCAGCCUACAUACUGCCUACAGUUGUCCGGGUUCUAGCUGGCAUUUUGAUUGCGGGAGCAGUGCUCUCUCUAGUAAUAGCUCUGCUAGCUUGCUGCUGCCUCUGUGGUGCUAGACGAUCCAAGAAUACAUCCAAGAUCCAGUCCCCACCUACUCUGGUUCUUGCAGACGUGUUGCGGCCUAGAGCACCUCCUGAGGUGGAGCUCGUUGACGAGAGGGGGGCGGAGCUUGAUGAAGAGCGACAGGAGUCGUGGGUGUCAGGAAGUUUUAAUAGUGGCAGUUUUGCAAGUUCUGUGGAGGAGGGUGUCUAUAAUGCAGACAAGAAUUGAACCUGCCUCUUGUAACAUCUUGUAACAUAAACUGCUUGCAUGUACUUGUAUGAACUAACGUUAUGCUUGUGUGUGUUUGAAUCACUGUAUAAUUAUACUAGAUUAAUAGCUACUAUAGAUUUAAUGUUUAUGCUGCAUAAUUACUCAUCUAGAUCUGACUGUCUCGUAUUUCAUCGAUGCUUCUCUGUUGAUUUUUAUAUUAUUAUUAUGAUGAAGCCAGUAAAAUAAUUGUUGAUCCCGG